GAUAACUGGCUGAAACAGGAACCAUCUCAGUGCCUUUAAACUUUCAAAGAAGCUCCAUCUGGUCUGUUUGGCUGUGAUGCCUUUCUAGAAGACGGCAUCAUCUGAGAUCAUAUAAAGGUCACUCCUGUCAUCAAAUUCCUGGUUCAAUACUGAAGGAUGGAAGAGUUGAACUUUAAUACAUCUGGGGAAAAAGUUUCAAUUACAGCAACAUGAGCCUCAACAGCAGUGACACUCAUGACGGCUACAACAAUGACUUCGAUUUUGACCAUUAUGACCAUUACUACUAUUUGCAAGGUCAAAUCCAAAAAUGGGUGAAUUGGAUCACCAUUGGCAUUGCACUUCUUCUAAUUCUUAUAGUGAUGAUUGCAGUUUUUUUCCAGGUGAAAAAGGGCCAAGAUGCUCCAGUCUAUGUCAUCAACCUCCUGGUGUCUGAUCUCAUUCAGCUCUGCUGCAGAAUGUCACCAGACAUAUUUUUAUACCACCACUCCUUUUUCAUCACAUUGUAUGCUAUAAUGGUCAGUGUCGGAUUCAUGGUGUGCAUCUCUUGUGAAAGGUAUCUGGUCRUUGCCAAGCCACUGUGGUACAGAUUCAGGAGAAACAUCAAGACAUAUGUGGUGGUCUGCAGUGUGGUCUGGAUCCUUCCUGUUGUUUUUCUUCCACUGUAUUAUGUGACUACUGAUCUGCCAUCUGUCAUCUUCUUUGUAGUUUUUCUCCUCCUGCCCUUUCCGUUGUUCAUCUUCUUCUUGGUUGGGACGAUCAAAGCUCUCUCUGGAGCGCUCCGUGUCCCAGCAGAURAAAAACGACGAAUCAUAGCCAUUCAGGCUGUGGUGCUGCUUAAUUACGCUCUGCUUUAUCUGCCCAUCGUCAUUUGGCUUCUGAUUAUUCUUGAAGUAGUACAAAUUAACACCUACAUUAAUGUUGAACUUGCGUUUCAUGUUUGUAUUUAUCUUAGUCCCCUUGCAGACACAACUUUAUAUUUGUUAAGUCGGAAAAGCAUCAUGGAUAAGUUUCUGUCUUCACUGUGUUCUAAAAUAUGUAACAAUCUGGAGUUGAGCAGCACAGAUUGUGAAAUGAGGUCGGCUACAAAAACUGAGACUGUGUAGGUUUUACUAUUCAAGAGAGCCGCCACACACAGCUGGCAGUAGCAAAAGAUACAGUUCAUUUUUCUGAAAUGUUUCAUUAAAUGUAUUUUUAUUGGCAAACUAUCUACUAAUGU